AAUGAACAUUCAACGGUGACUAAGAAUGGUGACUCUCUCUCUCUCUCUCUCGCUCUAUAAAAGCAGCACGAAGGAGGCGAGAGAUAUCACAAACACAAGUUCCUGAGUGGUCGACUGCUUUCAUUCACAACCAUAUAGUCUCCUGCUAUUUGCCUAAGGAUCAAUUUCUCUCUCCGUGGUGGUUCUGCGUCUAUCGAUCUGAGAUGAAGAAGGCGUCGUCCCUCUCCGAGCUCGGCUUUGCCAACGACGUCCACCAUGCUUUAUUCCGGCCGAUCCAGGAAGCAGCACCACCCUCCCCGACGAAGCGCCACACCAAGAUCUCCGUGGUGGGCGCAGGAAACGUGGGCAUGGCCAUCGCACAGACCAUCCUGACGCAACACCUCGCCGACGAGCUCGCGCUCGUCGACGCCAAGCCCGACAUGCUCCGCGGGGAGAUGCUGGACCUGCAGCACGCCGCGGCCUUCCUCCCCCACACCAAGAUCCUCGCCUCGACCGACUACUCCGUCACCGCCGGCUCCGACAUCUGCAUCAUCACCGCGGGCGCUCGCCAGCUCCCUGGGGAGACGCGGCUCAGCCUCCUCCAGAGAAACCUGGCGCUGUUCAAGCAUAUCGUGCCGCCGGUGGCAAAGCACUCGCCGGGAGCGCUGCUGCUGGUGGUAUCGAACCCGGUGGACGUGUUGACCUACAUUGCUUGGAAGCUCUCAGGAUUCCCGCCCAACCGGGUCAUCGGAUCCGGGACCAACCUCGAUUCCUCCCGCUUCAAGUUCCUUCUGGCUGAGCAUCUGGAAGUUAACGCUCAAGAUGUACAGGCGUACAUGGUAGGGGAGCACGGUGACAGCUCCGUGGCACUGUGGUCCAGCAUCAGCGUGGGGGGAGUGCCCAUACUGAGCCAGCUCACGAAAGACAAAGCUGCAAUGGAGCAAGGAGUGCUAGAGAGGAUCAGGAAGGCCGUGGUGGAGAGCGCGUACGAGGUGAUCCGCCUCAAAGGCUACACAUCUUGGGCCAUCGGCUACUCGGUGGCCAGCCUCGCCCGAUCCCUUCUUCGCGAUCAGCACCGCAUCCAUCCCGUCUCUCUGCUCGCCAAGGGAUUCUACGGCAUUCCGGAAGACCACGAGGUCUUCCUCAGCCUUCCUGCCCAGCUCGGUCGCAGCGGCGUCCUCAGCGUCGCCAAUAUCCAGCUCAGCGAGGAGGAGGCUGCCCGUCUCAGGCGUUCCGCCGACACCCUUUGGGAGCUGCAACGCCAACUCGAGAUUUGAGUCUCGAUUAAGAUCUACGCUGGACGUCACCACCUAAUUAAUUAACAUGUUAAAUAAUAACGGCGUUUGCCGAUGCACUUUGUUUUGAUUCGUGGAACAGAAAUCAUUACUAUGUAUUUGCUUUUGAGAGAAAUGAAUAUAACCCCUCUUUUUAGAUUUA